AUGUACGUGGUUAUAAACAUCGAUCCGGGUAGUACACUCAACGAGUUGAUGGCCUUCAUGACUCAGAAGACGAUCACGUUCUCAGUCACCGAUCAGCUUUCGAGGCUGUGUGAUCGAAGUGGUGAGAUCAUUUUAACAUUGAAAAAUAAUGAUUCGAACUUUUGUGGUUGUAAAAAGUUAUGCUUUCUCUACGGAAGUUUAACGAUGUAGGCCAGCUAAAGGAAAAUGAUCAUAACUCUUUGAUUACAAACUGAAAUCCUACUAGAUUGCUGAAGAAAUAUCGAUUAAUUGUGACUUUGGCCCCUUCUCCAUUUGAAACACUUAAAUCUUAGGAAAUAAGAGGGGUGGGGGGAGUACUGUAUUGAAAGAAACAUUUAGGACAUUGAGUGACAAAUAAAAGUGCACAAAACAAAACAAAAUCGUACAAUUUUCUGCUUUACAGUAAACGAAAAGAAGCGCGAGGCGGGCACGCAGACAGAAGACAGCUCUCUGCUCGAUGCGCCACCGAGCAAGAAGCCACGGGUGUACAACGGCGAGGAUUACGGUUCUCCGUGCUCUUCGGCCACGCCUUCCGAGCCCAACGACCUGGCGAUGUUCUCUGUUGCGAAGGUGAACGGAAACGGCUCCAAUGGAAGUGGAAAUGAUGCAUCCACCAACGGACACGCUUUGAAUUGGGUCGCAGAGCCGGCAGUGCUUCGAGGAUUAAUCAAGAAUGAAAUGAUGGCGAGUACGGUGAAGGAGGAGCCGGAAGAAGCGUCGGUGGAGGACGAAAUGAGCACGGAAUAUAUGCAGAAUCAGCUGAUCCAAGCGCUUUUUCCGCCGAAAAACGGAGAGACAUUCGGGACACUGGAGGACAAUGAGAGUUUGGAAGGGGAGAGUGCGGCGGCGAACGGCGAUCUUUCUUCGGGAACAUUUCCGAUGGAUGGCUCUCCAGUCUCGGCGAUCCGCUACAAACCAGCGUACGCUUCGACGAAACGAGGAGUUUGCCACGUGUGCAAUCGCGAAGUUUCGUUGAUUACCACACAUCGGAGGCGGCACGCAAUCACGCAUUUGGGAUUCAAAACGUAACGGCUUCUUCUAUUGGUGUGAAAUUCCGAAAAUCGAGACUUUUCCAGACUAAAAUGCGCCCUCUGCUACAAGUUCUUCAGUCGUCAGGACCUCGCAACGGGCCAUUUCAAGAAGGAUCAUCCGACCGAGGAAUUCACUCCGUUCGUCGACACAAUGUAGGUUUUGCUAGGGUUUCCCCUCCGAGAAACUAGACAAUUUAUAAAUUGCAGGUCGGCGGAAGACGAGAGACAGCUCGUCAUCAUGAUGGGAUUGUGCUUUCCGGAAGAGCACGCGCCCCGAAAACGAGGAAAAGAGGGAGAGGCCGGAGGCGGAGCACCGACGGGAAAGAAGCUGAAGGAGCAGCAGAGGGCCGAGUAG